AAUUUAAGCUAUCUUUUGAACGAAACGAAAUUCCUAACUGCUUGCAUGACGCGCGUAAAUUUGUUGAACAUACUGUGUAGCCGCACAGUUACCCUGCAAAUUAAUUAGUUGGGUACAUAAAAAAGUGAGGCUUCCUAAAAAAACUUGCUGGACGGGUUGGGCACUUCGCACCCAAAACAUAAAAUCAUGGCAACAAAUUAUGUUUGCCAUAGGCACAAUUCGUAAGCGUCAUCGUUACAAACUGAAAACGCAAGCAAGCCGUGCGUUUCAUUCAUGGCGUAUCUUUUAUCGUCACAACGCGGAGUAUAUUCACCUGUAAGGGUCCAAAAGAACCGAGUCACAUGGGUACACACAUGUAAGCAUGAUAGCGCUCUUUGUAACGCUCCCCGCCAUCCGAGAGAUAAGUCGUCUCUGGGGCCUCUGGGUCUUUCGAUUCGGAUUCCCGAUGGGCCAGGCCAGACGCAGCAGACCAUGGCAGUCAGUUGACGGGCUCUCUCCACGGCGCACGCAUGAUCGCCGGAGCGGAUUUACGGAGCAGCAGCUGAUCGAUCGUGCGCUUUCAUUUUCACACGGACUUUCAGUCUUUGUUCGCGAAUUGCCAUUAUCUCAAGUGGAGUGAAGCGAACGAUUAUUGAAACACAAUUGAUUAUUGUGAUCUGACGAAGCUGUGCAGGAUCUCCUUAUCGAUCCCAGAUUAGUGCCAAUAUGCAAACCCAAAUGCAUUCGCCCAUGCAAUAUGAGACUCACAUCUCCAACAUGCCCACCCACAACAGCUACUCCUCCAGCCGCCCAGAAGAGGCUGAGAUGAGCAGCACUACGGAAAGUUGUUCCAUCUCAUGCGGUGGUCGGUUCGGAUCGGCGCACUCGACCUUAGAUGAUCACGAUGCUACAGAUGACGACAUGACCUUCUGCAUGUCCAACUACGCCAAGGAGGCCCUGAAGAUGAUGUACAUGAUGCGUUCGCACGGCAUGCUCACAGACGUGGUGCUGGAGGUGAAGAAUGAACUCUUUCCCGCCCACAAAGUGGUGCUGUCCGCAGCAUCGCCCUACUUCAAGGCCAUGUUCACAGGCGGACUCAAGGAGUCGGAGAUGUCGCGCGUCCAGCUCCAAGGGGUGUGUCCCACGGCCAUGUCCCGCAUCCUCUACUUCAUGUACACCGGCCAAAUACGCGUGACUGAGGUAACGGUGUGCCAACUCCUGCCCGCGGCUACCAUGUUCCAAGUGCCAAACGUAAUCGAUGCCUGCUGUGCCUUUCUGGAGCGCCAAUUGGACCCAGCGAAUGCCAUUGGCAUCGCCCACUUUGCUGAGCAACACGGCUGCGUUGAGCUGCAAAAGAAGGCCAAUGUGUUCAUCGAGCGUAAUUUCACUCAGGUGUGCCAAGAGGAGGAGUUUCUUCAGCUUUCGGCAUAUCAGGUGAUAGCCCUGAUACGAAGGGAUGAACUGAAUGUGCAGGAGGAGCGAGAGGUUUACAACGCUGUGCUGAAGUGGGUGAAAUACGACGAGGACAACCGGCACUGUAAAAUGGAGCACAUUUUGGGCGCUGUACGUUGUCAGUUCCUCACGCCAAACUUCCUCAAGGAGCAGAUGAAAAACUGCGAUGUUCUGCGGAAGGUGCCCGCCUGUCGGGAGUAUUUGGCCAAGAUCUUCAAGGACUUAACGCUGCACAAGUGCCCGGGUGUCAAGGAACGAACCCCCAACACCACGAGGAUGAUAUUCGUUGCCGGCGGCUUUUUCCGUCACUCACUGGAUAUUCUGGAGGCCUACAAUGUAGACGACAAGACGUGGACGACACUGCCGAAUCUUCGCAUUCCAAGAUCUGGUUUGGGUGCCGCCUUUCUCAAGGGCAAGUUCUAUGCGGUUGGAGGCAGAAAUAACAACAUUGGAUCUUCCUACGACUCGGAUUGGGUUGAUCGCUAUAGUGCAGUCACCGAGACCUGGCGUCCCUGCGCUCCCAUGUCCGUGCCACGCCACCGAGUGGGCGUGGCGGUGAUGGACGAGCUGAUGUACGCCGUGGGCGGAUCCGCGGGCAUGGAGUACCACAACACGGUGGAAUACUAUGACCCGGAUUUGGAUCGCUGGACUCUUGUACAGCCGAUGCAUUCCAAGCGUUUGGGAGUGGGUGUUGUGGUGGUCAACCGUCUGCUUUAUGCCAUCGGAGGUUUCGAUGGAAACGAGCGGUUGGGCAGCGUGGAAUGCUACCAUCCGGAGAACAACGAGUGGAGCUUUCUGCCACCACUACAAACGGGUCGCAGUGGAGCGGGUGUUGCUGCAAUUAACCAGUACAUCUACGUUGUUGGUGGUUUCGAUGGCACUCGUCAACUAGCCACCGUGGAGCGUUAUGAUACCGAAAACGAAACCUGGGACAUGGUGGCGCCAAUCCAAAUCGCACGUAGUGCACUCUCUCUGACACCGCUGGACGGAAAACUGUACGCCAUUGGUGGAUUCGAUGGCAACAACUUCCUGUCCAUAGUCGAGGUCUACGACCCACGAACGAAUAGCUGGACUAAAGGAACACCACUAAAAUCGGGUAGAUCGGGCCACGCGUCGGCGGUUAUUUAUCAACCAGCGUGUUCCACGACAUCUAUGGACUACGAGGACAGCGACGCACCACAAACCGAUGGAAGUAACAACGAGGGCAGGGACGGACAUACCCCACAAAACUCGUACGGUAGUGGGAGUCCACAUUAUCUUGGAACAGCGUCCAAUAUGCAGUUUCAUAGUUCAUUUGGAUCAAGCGGCUGCAACAACUGUGACUCGGAAACGGAUAUGAAACCAGAUAUUACUGCAGAACAGCAUAGUUUUCAAAUUCCCGCCAUCAAAUCAGAGGAAGAGCUGGUCAAUCCAAGCUGUCCCUGGUCUACAAUGCAAGAAAGAUUUCGAAGAACUCCACCAGCGUCUUUCUCAGAGAAUGUGCAAACCGUAGAUAGUGUGCGUCAUAAACUUUUUAAAACGAAAAAAUGUUUUUUAAGCACAGCAGCGAAAGUUUUUCACAGUCACAUCGAAGAUCGCCUGCGAAAACUCACGAGUACAGCCACAUGACAAUACGAAUCCGAGCCUCACGCUUAGCCUCAACCAAAAACAUUAUUCAUUGUACAAAGCCUGAUCGUUUCCCCUAGAAUUCCAUGUUGAGAAGCAGCAUUCCAUUGUAAUAUUACUAGUGUGUUCGCUAGGUGAUAAUUAGUCAAACCGUUUUUAUGGCAUCCAUAACAUAACUGGCGCGCGUCAGACAAUUUUAAAAAGAUUGAUUAGGGUUAAUAGUUGAUUAGUGGGAGGAAAGUUUCGUAUUUUAUGUAUUUUGUAGGUAUCCAAACUGAUAGAUUGCGUAUUGUACUUUUUUAGCGUAGGAUAAAAAGAGGAAUUAUGUGCAUCCAAAAUAGUUUUUAAGAAAAAAACAAAUAGGUUAAAAAAUAUUAAACAAACAUAUUUUACAAAAUUAUUUAAUCUGUUAUUAAUCUUUUGCAAACCUUUGGUCUACGUGUGGGUUCUAUUUAUUCUGUGGCAACAAUAAGGCCAUAUAUAAAUUUCUUCCCAUUAAACUCACCGUGACAGCGCUAUUCCAUUUGAAAGAUAAGCUGUAUUUGUUUCGUAUUUGUUUGUAAAGGACUAUUUGUGUAUUUUUAGCUUUUAAACAAGUUGUCUAAACAAGUUUUACAUUAAAGACUCCUCUGCUUUCGGGGCCUUGGAGGAUUAAAGGAAACAUGCGUGUUGUCGGUUAUGGAAACGAUGUUUAGGCCACCCAUUUGCAGUCCUUUGAUGGCCGACUGAAUUAAAAAUAUUCAAUUAUUUUUAAAUGGUAUGAGUGACAUUAUGUUUGGCACAUACCAUUCUUCCAGGACCAAGACCUCGGACCUUCACUCGCACAGUCUUCCAACCCAAUUCAAUGGCUUUCUGAAAUACAAUCGAAUUUUUUGUACAUUUAUAGAAUUAGUUUAACAUCCUAUUCAAAUAGAAUAUUGUGUCCCAUUAUUAUCCAAAAUGUAGUUUGUAGUUUUCCACUUUAGUAAAACCGAUUUUUCUGAAAAGUA